AUGUCAUGCGAUGAGCUGCAGGUAAAAAGGAUAAAGAACCAAAUAAACAAGCAUAAAGCCAUGUCUGUGGAUUCUACUGUUUCAAUAAAGGAAAAUAAUGAAGAACCAGGUUCUGUGGAGAAGGAAUUAGCACAAAACACUGCUACUGACGCAUUCUCCAUCGCUUUAGCCAAUCCGGAAAAUGAUGAGAUGAAAAUUCAGCUACCAAAGGAAGACAUUGACUUAAAUGGCAUUAGUUCCGAUGAGGAAGAAAACAGUAAAAGUAGUGCUGAGGUCUCAAGUACUAUGCAUGUACAAGAAGCAAAGGAAUGCCAAAAAUAUGAUGUGGUUGCUGAGUCAUUGGAAGGUAGCGACAAUGGUAAUUCUGUGCAGGUUAAUUCUAUCCAAAAUUUUGAUGCCCAAGAAUAUUCACCAAAAGACUCUUCAGAUGCUUCAGAUGCUUCAGACGCUUCAGAUGCUUCAGAUGAUUCAGAUGAUUCACAUUCUUCAGAUUCAUUGGAAGAUUCAUCAGAAAUAGAGGUUGAAGAAGAUGAAGACGGACCUGCGGCACAAAGCCCAAUCCGUUCAAAGAACGAAUUGGUCGAAGAGCCAAUACCUACAAUUCCUGAAAACUUUAAAAUUGAUGAAAAUACUACCAUCCAUGAAAUCGGUUUAUUGAAAUCUGCUUUUGAAAAUAACAUCGUGAUCGAGGCAGCAGUUUCAGGUGAACAUAGAGUUUUACAAGAAGGAGCUAUUUUUUGUUUGGCUGACCGUACAAUUAUUGGUCCUUUGUGUGAAGUAUUUGGGAAGCUAUCUAACCCAUUUUAUCGUAUUACUGUUUCAAAGGAUUCCAAAGAUAUUAUUGAUAAUUGUAAAUCCCAAUUGGGCGCUAAAGUUUACUUUGUGGUCCCAGAAGCCCAUUGGAUAGACACGUUUCAGAUCAAACAAUUUAAAGGCACAGAUGCAUCUAAUGGUGCGGAUGAAGAGAUACCUGAGGAGGAACAGGAGUUUUCAGAUGAUGAACGUGAGGCAGAAUUCAAGAGGCAAAAGAAGAUGGCUAAGAAAAGAAAGAACGGUUGUAAUCAUGAAGCUGGGCAAAGAAAACAGAAGAACACACCACGAAACGCAGUUGUGUAUCCAAAGGUAAAAUUACCUAUUUCCAUGGUAAGAUCAAAUGCAACACAUCCGUCCUAUAGAUCUCGUAGUUCGCGGAUGCCGGAAGAACCUGCAGUGCAUGCAGACAAACCAAAUGAGCAAUAUUAUUCAACAGCCGCUUCUAAUAAUAACUCUUAUCAUACUUUCCAAAACCAAUACCUACAGCAGCUGCCAACUCCAUUUCCACAACCAGCAGUCCAAUUUGGUGCCCAGCCUCAAAGUAUAUACCCUGUUGGAAACCAUAAUUUUGCACCUCAACAGUGGUAUCAACAUCCCCCUCAACCCCCAACAGAACAAUAUCCCCAGUAUCAUACAAUUGCUGCCUAUCAGCAAUUUCAGAUGGCAAACCAAUCUAACCAUCAGCAGUAUCAAAAUCAGCAGACAAGCACACCUUCAAUCAAUCAGGCACAGCUAUUGCAUCAAAUUUUAUUCCAGCAGCAGCAACAGCAACAGCAGCAGCAACAGCAGCAGCAACAGCAGCAACAGCCACCGUACCAUCAUACCGAAGGGCAAAACAAUCUUCCAUCCCGUGAGUUAAACUAA